AUGUCAACUGCAUUCCGUCGCGACGAAUUCACAAACGACGACGACUUCUUUAUUCACAUCAACGAGCACCGCCUCCAGGACACCCUCGAUGCCAACGACCGGAACGACUUCAUCCAAUGGUUGGCUGCCUACACUGCUGACGAGGCCAGCGUGUCGUCCUUUGCUGAGGGUCAAUCGACCCAACAUGCAUCUGUGUCUGGCAGCGAUGGAUUCAGCGAUAUGAGUCACAUGAUCAGCUUCCCGACAAACUUUCGCCUCUUACCCAGACCCCUGGUGACCAAGAAGUUCAGUCAGCACAGGCCGCAGUAUGAAGAUUGGAUGCGGCGGACACAGGAUGCCCUCGACCACGAUAUGGCAACUCGAUCUCGCAACGCCCCAACAUCUUUCCAAAUGCCCGGUGCGUACAUGGCCUCAGCGCCUGCGAGCCCAUCGUCCCACGUUCCCCAGCCCGCCCCCCAAACGCCGAGAUCGCCAGCGAGCCGACCGCAGGGCUCCCACCAUCGAUCGCCGCACACAUACCCACAAGGCCUCUUGCCAAGUGCCAUCCACCGCCGGGAACUGCAGACCUCCAUCGACGAGGACGCCGCUCGCCUCCAAGACCUCAACCGACAAUACAAAGCCGCGGCAAGCAAGGCGAUGGAUCUUCACGGCGAGAUGCGGCACGUCUCUAUCAGACUCAAGACUCGCCUCCUCCAGCUGACGCUCUCCGAGGGAAGCACCGACGACCGGCCGAACAUGAUACCUGAGGAGGAGGAAGACGAGGGGGGAAAGGAGACUGGCGGGGCUCAGGAUCGGGAGCAGAACCAGGAGCAGGAGCGUUUUCCCGGCGCCGGUUACAAUUCAGUGGCCCGGUCGGCUCGCGAGCAUUCAUUGGAUGCAGAAGGGGCGGAUAGGCUAUUCGUUCAAUUGAGCGCCUACACGUUCAAGACUGCACGCUCAGGCGAGCAGUAUGUCUGCCAGUCCUUGCCUCAACUGCGCCUUUACCAAACCACUUCAAACAACCUACAAAUCUUCAGGUCUGCCAGUCCUUGCCUCAACUGCGCCUUUACCAAACCACUUCAAACAACCUACAAAUCUUCAGGUCUGCCAGUCCUUGCCUCAACUGCGCCUUUACCAAACCACUUCAAACAACCUACAAAUCUUCAGGUCUGCCAGUCCUUGCCUCAACUGCGCCUUUACCAAACCACUUUAAACAACCUACAAAUCUUCAGGUCUGCCAGUCCUUGCCUCAACUGCGCCUUUACCAAACCACCUCAAACACCCAGGUCCACCGGUCCGCCUUAA